AAUCUGUGUGCUUAAAUCCCUAAAACUAAACAAUUCAGCGGCAGACUCUCUUUUUCUCCACUUCAGUCUGUUUCAUUUUUCUAAGUAUUUAUUGGUUUCUCCCCCAAAUGGAGUACUAGAACAUGAUUAAGUAGCUACAAAUUUGGAUUUACCAAAGCACUCUUAGAUUCUUCAUCCAAUUUCAGCUUCUGGUGAAAAACUGAUGAAUGAUAAAUUGAGGUUGAUAAAACCACUGCCGGCCCACCGCUAUUGCUGCCUGACGCCAGCAGUGAACCGCCCCUGUAUAUUUUGACCAAUUCAAAGUGAAAAAUGGAGUUGCUCCUUCGGAAAAACUCGGAUAAAGUUGAGCCAAAAGAUCCCGAUUCAAGAUAAAUUCAUGAGGAAGCGGUAUCUCUUUACAGGUUGUACUUUUCCAGUUAGUCCAUAAGGGUCGGACACCCAGAUUCCGGGACCGUACAAGCCUGUUACAUGAAAUGCACCAAAACCAAAACAAGCCACCCCCGAAAGAAAUAAAUGAAUUCCAAAAAUCUUCGUACUACCAAAUAAGUUAUUAGGCGUUCUUUUAAUGGUUUCAGUACCUGAGGGAUUACUAACAGUUCCUUUUUUAGAGAAUGUGAAUAAAUUCCAAAACCCAUUUCGUCGUCCAGUAGCUACAACUGUUUUUUUGGUUGGUAUUGUAGUAGCCCUAAGUAAUACAUAUCUAAUCUAUAAUCGUAAAGAGUCAAAGACUACUUGUAUUUGUACACGAAAUCCCUAAAAAAAAUCUACGUACGUUUACUUUUUUACUUCGAGUUGAUAAGAUAUUUUUUUUAAGAAAAAGAGUAACAUGCCCCUUCCUAUUGAACUGAGCAUUCCCGAAACGAAAAGUCUUUCUCUUAUAAUUUGGAUAUGCUAUUUUGGGGCAAUCUAUUAGGAAUAGGGCUACAUAGUUAUGGUUCAUUUCCAUUAACGCUUAAUUAAAUGGAAGAAAAGACCUUACAAAUACAAAUAUAGGACAAGGCAUAAGCAAGUUUAUUAUAAGCAGGUGAGAACCGUUUAAAUCGUCCCUGAAAACCAGAAUUUUGAUUUUUUUAGAGUUUUUUCAAUCUAAUCUUGAUCUUUAUGUAUUAAUCUUUAAUCUUAAAUUCUUAAUCUUGACUUUUUAAUCUUUGAUCUUAAUUUUAAUUUUAAUUUUAAUCUUAAUUUAUUAAUCUUGGUGUUUUAAUCUUUAAUCUUAAUCUUAAUUUUUAUGUUCUUGAAUUUUGUUAGAAUGUUAUAUUUUUUAAUUUUUUUUGAAUAUCUUUUUUGCUGAAUAAUUGAAUAUUUGUUAAUGUUGAUGUGUUUGUUAAUCUUGCAUAAUUCUUUUACAGUUUGACCUUCUGAAAAGUCUUUGUUGGCAUAACCUCCCAACGGUUGAAGAAGAAUGUUCCUUGUUCUUGUUAAAGUAUAUAAGAUUUCAUGGGGUUUUAACCAAAAGCGUUGAUGGUUGAAGCUCCAGGAUAUCUUUUAUACUCCGACAUACCCCGUGGACUUUAAAUUAUUGAAGCCCUAGGAUAUUAUAGGAGGUGUUUUUAUUAGGCAAUUUUAGCUUAUAUUGAUACGAAUAGAGGGUCAAACUAUCCAAUAUCGGUGUUUGGUAAAUUGAAACAACUUAUUGUUGUUUUAAAACAAGCUGCUCAUAGCAGCGAGUUCAAAAUCAGCUGAUCAAACCAGUCAAAUCAGCUAAUAUAAUCAGCUACCAGCUGUUUGCCAAACACCCCUAUAUAUACUCUAACAAUUCAUGGGUAUAUUGAGGUUAUGAUCUGAAUGAGUUCAUAAAGUUAGCCAUGGAAGGUUAAAUAUGUUGUCCAAGAUACCUCACCAACCACAACAAUGCCAAAGUCUUAAUCCUAAAAACUAAAAGUUUUCCACAAUCAUUUACAGUUUGUGCAUGUUUAUAAUUUAUGAUUAAAUGGCAUGCAGCAUGAUCUACCGCCUGCGGACUGCAAUAUUUAUGGUCCAAGACCAAAUUUAUAUAUACUGUUUUUCUGUCCUUUUUCUACAGUUAAGUAUGCUAAAUUCUCUAGUCCUCUAUUUUGGAGAAAAUUUGUUUUAAGCCAGAUCUUUUACUUGUUGAUGCAGAACAUUUUAGAUAAGUGAUACCAGUGGUCGGUGGAUAACUUCAGAGAUUUUAAACCAAGCUAGUAUUUUCUUUAAAACCUUGAAGUUUUCUUUGCGUUGGUGCAAUAUAACGAGAUCGGCUUCUUGUUGGACUGUGGCAAUGUCGUUGUUGUCAAAGUUACGUUGUGUAACUGUUGAUGUAACUGGUACACUUAUAGCUUACAAAGGUGAAUUAGGGGAUUACUACUGCAUGGCCGCUAAAUCUGUAGGAUUGCCUUGUCCCGAUUAUAAACGUGUACAUGAAGGCUUUAAACUUGCUUAUACUGAAAUGGCAAAGAAGUAUCCCUGUUUUGGUCAUGCUGCUAAGAUGCCGAAUAUAGUAUGGUGGAAGACGUGUGUUCGAGACUCCUUCAAAAGGGCUGGAUAUGACUAUGACGAGGAGACAUUUGAGAAAAUUUUUAGGCGCAUAUAUGCGUCAUUUGGCUCUUCUGCACCUUAUGUUCUCUUCCCCGAUUCAGUUCCUUUCCUCAGGUGGGUCCGCUCAUUAGGUAUUCCAGUUGGGCUUGUUAGCAAUGCAGAAUAUCGUUAUCAAGAUGUAAUUCUUCCAGCAUUAGGCUUAAAUCAGGGUUCUCAUUGGGAUUUCGGAGUAUUCUCCGGACUUGAAGGUGUGGAGAAGCCAAACCCAAGGAUAUAUGAGAUUGCUUUAGAGAAGGCCGGAAAUAUUGCCCCAGAAGAAGCUUUACACAUUGGAGAUAGUAUGCGUAAGGAUUAUCUCCCCGCAAAGAGUUUGGGCAUGCACGCCUUAUUACUAGAUAGAUUUAAGACUCCUGAUGCCUUGAACUGGAUGAAGGCCGGAGCACCUGUUUUUAAGAACUUGUGCGCUGUGCGAGAAGUUCUGGAAUCUGGUAGCAUAGACUUGCUGACUCCUGAUAUCCAAAUGUCAGACUCUCACUUGAACAAAUUAAAUUGAUGCUAAUUUACUAAAAAUAACUAGUACUUUUAAUAAAUGUCGUGAUGAGUAUGAUACGGGUUGAGUUGGGUUGGGUUGGGUUGAAUCAUCAGCCCAGCCCAUUUGAAGCCCAUUUUAUUUUUUUGCAAAACUGAGCCCGGUCUGUUUAACGUAGGGGCCGGCCAGGCCUGGCCUAUAUCAGGCCCAUUUCACAGAUCUACUUGCAUUCCUUUCGAAGUCUUCUUUUCGGUAUGCCUUCGCUGUCUGUUGUAAGUUGUUACAUAGGAGUUUAGGAUCACACCCGCCCUAUUCAUGUUGUGUAUCGUAAUACGUUUUACAUGUUUGGGCCUUUGGGGUAUAGCAUAUCAGAAGCAUUGCUUUUACUCUUGAGUUCUGCUUCUCGUGUUCUUUAUUCGAUUUACUGUUGAUGAUCAUCUUCCUUUGUACUCUGUAGUCCAUUUCAUUGAACUUGUUACAUUUCUCAAAAACUCUCACAUGGGAAAAUGAUUUAGAUGGACGGAGUAAUGUCUCGAACUUGAAACUAUGAAAAAAUUUGAAAGAAAAAGUGGCAUGGCAUUCAUUUCAUACUCUUUAGUUUCUUAGAUGGACGAAGUAUAGGAUGGUUGGAACACAGACUCACUUCUACUGUUCUACAUGUGGUAAACCAAUUCGAGUAUAAUUCUUAUGUAUUAUAUGUUAGAUAAAUUCAACAUUGUAAGAAGUUUAGGCUGUCCUAGGCUUAAAUUCCUCUUGGCGGCCCAAGCUAGUAAAGAUAUGCUCUUCCUGUCUUGUUUGAGGGCAGAUGUUUUUCAUUCUUAAUUACUUUGAGGGCAGAUGUUUUUCAUUCUUAAUUACUUUAGUUGUACAAACUUGCUUUCGACCCAUUGAACAAAUCCAAGAAAAUUAUAUACUUUUAAUUGGUUAUAUUCUACUGAUACUUUUAAAAUUUUACAUCUAAUGUUUUGAAUAAUAAGAGAGAAGUUUAAAGGCUUUCGGGUAGUUGUAGGUUUCUCUCAUUUUGAAGAUUCUUCUUGAGUUGAGUGACUCUUUGACCGCAAUCUCUUCUAUGGGUAUGAGUUGUCGUCUUGUUUUCCUUUUCAGAUCCUGUUCGUAGUUAUCUAUUUAUGAGCGGGAUACAACUGGGUAUGAUAAUGACGAUUGAAAAUUAAUUAUUAAACUAAGAAAAUAGUACAUAGAAAACCACGACGAGUAAGGGUGUAGAUAAUUUUCGAACCUAUACUUACAUAUCUCGUUUAUUUAUAAGAGACUUUAAAUUGUAUAUCAUUCGAAAUGUGGCAAAGGAGACAUUAGGGAUGUCGACAGGAAAACCAAAGGUGUACAAAGAGUCGUGGUGGUGGAACGAAGAAGUGCAAAAGAAGAUAAAGGACAAAAAUAUAGAUUCAAGAAGUUCAUGGCUUGCACGGAGGAGGAGGAUAGGACACAUAAGAAGAAGGGGUAUAAAAAAGCAAAACGGGCGGCAAAAAAGCAGUAGCGGAGGCAAAAGAUUGUGUGUUUGAGGCCUUUUAUCAAAAGCAAGAUCUAGGCAGAAGAAGGACUUAGGGACAGUGAAGUUCAUUAAGGAUGAAGGUGGACGAGUACUCCUUAGACAAGAGGACAUCAAUAUUUUUCCCAACUGCUUAAUGAGACUAGGGGUCCAAAGGUGGAAAUUCAACAAACUUCAGACAUCCAAAGAACACAGGAUCAUGAGUCGAUUAUUGAUAUUUCCACAGCGGAAGUAGGAGAACCUCUCAAAAAAAUAGGGGGAUCAAGGGCAGUUGGACCUGAUCACAUUCUGAUUGAGGUAUGGAGGGGUUUAGGAGAGGAGGGAAUUCAUUGGCUUACUAACCUCUUUAAUGUCAUCUUGAAGUCUCGUAAGAUGUCCGAAGAAUGGAGGGUUAGCACUCGUAUCUCACUGUUCAAGAACAAGGGUGAUGCACAAGUAUGCAGGAACUAUAAAGGAAUCCAACUUCUAAGCCACACUAUGAAGUCGUGGAAAAGAGUGAUUGAGAAAAGAAUUAGACGAGAUACAGUAAUUACAGAGAACCAAUUCGGAUUCAUGCCGGGAAGAUUAACCACCGAGGCAUACCACACAUAUCUUUUGAGGAAACUAAUGGAAAAGUAUAUGGAGCGAAAGAAGGAUUUGCAUCUGGUGUUCAUUGACCUGGAAAAAGCGUAUGAUAGCAUACCACGAAACAUCGUAUGAGAUAACCUCAAGAAUAGAGAUAUUUCACGAAGGUACAUUGAGAUAAUACAAGACAUGUAUGACAGAGUGUCGACUAACAUACAUACAUCGGUGGGUAUAACAGAGUCUUGUCCAAUUAAAUUGGGACUACAUCAGGGAUCGACACUAAGUCCUUUCAUUUUUACCGUCAUUAUGGAGGAAAUCUCUAAAUCCAUCUGGGAGACCGUACCAUGGUACAUGCUUUUCGUCACCAUGCUUUUCACUAAUGAUAUAUUUUUAGUCGCAGAAACAAAGGAGGAGGCUAAUAGUAAAUUGGAAGAGUGGAGGGAAGCCUUAGAGGGUAAGGGGUUGCGCAUAAGCCGUACGAAGACAGAAUACUUGCGAUGCAAUUUCAGUGGGAUAGAAUCGAUAAGGGAGCCAGAGGUGACCAUAGGGGGAGAAGUUGUUGCAUGUACGUCCAAGUUCAAAUAUUUGGGAUCGGUUAUUCAGAGUAAUGGGGAGAUUGAUGGAGACGUUACUUAUCGUAUACAAGCAGGUUGGCUUAAGUGGCGAGCAGCAACCGGGGUGCUUUGUGAUAAAAAGUUCCCGAGGAGAUUAAAAGGUAAAUUUUACCGCGUUGCAAUUAGGCCGGCGUUGUUGUAGGAGACAGAAUGUUGGCCCAUAAAGAUGAUUAUAGUACAAAUGAUGGAAGUAACAGAAAUGCGUAUGCUGAGAUGGAUGUGUGGUAAUAUUAUGAAGGAUAGGAUAAAAAACCAGGAGUUUAGGGAGAAGUUAGGGGUUGCACCUCUCUUCGCAAAGAUGCGGGAAAACAAGUUGAGAUGGUUUGGGCAUGUGCAGAGAAAGACACAUGACGCCCCAGUAAGAAGAAUCGAAUGCAUUAUAGUGGAGGGAAAGAGAAGUCGAGGAAGACCUAAGAGAACGUGGGAGGAACAGAUU